AUGGCUGAUUCAAUCGAUCUGUCUGCCAGCAGACAAGCCAACUUGUACGCAGCAGAUAUCAUCACAUUUUUCGCUGCUGUAGUGGCAGUAGGACUUCGCAUAUGGUCGCGGCGAGUUGCUGGUGCUGGAUUGUGGUUGGAUGAUCUCUUUAUUUGCGUAGCACUGGUUGGUGGUGUUGCGAUGAUGAUCAACUUUUGUUGGUGGAUACCACACGGAUUUGGAAAACAUAUGGAGGCAUUUGGCCCUAAAGCGGAGUAUAAUUUUUUCUUGGGGUUCUUCAUGGCAGAAGUAAUAUACACUGUCAUCAUCGUCUUCGUCAAAUAUUCUAUCCUGGCCUUGUACUGGCGGGUCUUUCGAAGCACCAGCAUCAAAUGGCCAGUGGCAAUACUAGCGGCGAUUGUCACAUCUUGGGGAAUCGCAGUGCUUUUUCUUUCCAUCUUCACUUGCGUGCCUCCAAAAGGCUUUUGGGAUAAAGACAUACAUGCUGCUUGCAACGUCAAUAGCCAGCAGUUUUUGAUCGGUAUCUCGGUUCCUAAUAUCCUUACGGAUGUUGCUCUGCUGUUAUUACCAAUACCAUAUGUUCUGCGGUUGAACACUGCCUGGUCUCAGAAGCGACUCUUGAUGGGCACAUUUCUACUUGGAGGAUUCGUCUGUAUAGCAUCAAUCAUGAGAUUGAUUAGUGUUUGGCAGCAGAAUUCUGUUUCGGACUUUAGCUGGAAUUGGGUGGAUCAGGGGAUAUGGGCAGUGGUGGAAAGUAAUUUUGCAAUAGUGUCAGCUUGUCUUCCAACCCUGCGCAUCGUGUGGGUGUGUAUAUCCAGGCGCAAAAAGAACCAAGCAUCGGCACCAACCUCAGAUAGACCAGCGAUCUGGACAAUUGGAUCAGGUCCGAGGAAACAGAAUCGCAAACGAAAAGGAGAGUUGACUCUCGGGGAAUCUAUGUCGACGGACUCAACGCACCCAUUCACAAGCUUGCAUGAUGCUGAGGAAGGCAAUAUCUCGGGAGAUAAGGUGCAUGUACGUUCAAGUAUAGAGGUACAUUCGGAAAGGGAUACUAUGAAUUCUCCUUAUCGGGAGAAUUUCAAUAUGGUUCCAUUGAGAAAAAUAUAA